AUGCCAAGCCCUUCCCAUAACGCAGUGUGUUGAGCAUGGACAGGUGUCUGAGAGUGCCAGCAGCCCAUUAGGAGCAAACAGCCCAACCUUGCAGUGAGCAGGGAGAUGCUGAAGGAACAACUCUCUCCUUUCAAUGCCUGUGCAAGGGAAGUGUUUUCAGCACUGCAGCACAACGUAGGCAUUAAGAAGAUUUGCUGUAAUUCCAUUUCAAAGAGCUCACAAUUGGGGCCAAGGAAGUCUUGAAACCCACCCGGGAUUUGUUCCUCAUAUUCACCUGAUCCCUGCUCCCCAGGGCUGCCUCCAUCCUGUCCCCAUCUGAGCUGUUGGUGCCCAUGGUGCCCUGGGAGGGGGGGCUGCCACAGCCAUGCAUCAGCUCUUGGGGCUGGUUCUGGCACACAAGGACCUCUCCCGGGCGGGGGAUCUCUUCUCCCUGGAGGAUGCUGAGAUCGAAGGCAGCCUCUCCGAAGCUCUGGAGCAAAUCAGGAUAAUUAGUUCAGCUGCAGACUACCAGAGCAACGACAACGACCAGGCCGUGGUGGAGAUCUGCGUCACCCGCAUCACCACGGCCCUCAGGGAAACCUCGUCCCUCGAGCGGCACGGCCCGGCCCUCGUGGCCCUCUGGGAGUCCUGCCUGGAGCACAACCUGAGCCCCUCGGGCAGGGAUGAGGACGCUCCACACGCCAAAAUCGCCUCGGACAUCACGAGCUGCAUCCUGCAGAAUUACAACCGCCCCCCAGUCAUGGCCUUGGCUGUCCCAGUGGCAGUGAAGUUUCUGCAGAGGGGCAACAAGGAGCUGUGCAGGAACAUGUCCAGUUACCUGUCCCUGGCUGCAAUUGCCCAGGUGGAUCUGCUGGCUGAGCACACGGACACCAUCGUCAGGAGCGUCCUCCAAGGGAACUCGAUGCUGCUGCGUGUCCUGCCCGCGCUCUACGAGCAGCAGCCGCGGCCGAUAGCGCUGCGUCUGCGGGACCUGCUGGCACUGACGGCCCAGCUGGACCAGGCUGAGCAGCACCACCUCCUCAGGCUCCUCCAGGCCGUGGCCAGGAACAAAGAACUUGGGGUGCUGAAAGAGUGUUUACCCUUUUUAUUUGGGCAUUUGAGGGACCCCAACCACAGUGAUUUGAUUCUAAACAUCCUCACAGAACUCUCCAGCUACGAACCAACAGCCUUGGCCCCUUUCCUUCCGACGCUGAAGGAGCUUGGGGAGACUUUCCCAGGUUUGAUUGGGCAAACAGCAAAGAUCUUUGGAGCUGUUGGGCAUAUUGAUGAGGAGACAGCCAGGACCUGCCUGCUGUACUUGGUGAACCAGCUGGCCAACAUGGAGCACUCAUUUCACCACAUUCUGCUGCUGGAAAUCAAGAGCCUCACCGACACCUUCUCCAGCAUCUUGGGCACCCAGAGCAGGGACAUUUAUCGCAUGAGCAACAGCUUCACUGCCAUAGCCAAGCUCCUGGUCCGGCAGCUCGAGGACAGCGCGCCCGGAGCCAGGGUGGAAAAGGACACUGAAACAGAACCUGCUGUGCCACUGGAUGACCUCAAAUCUGUCGUGGGUGGAAACGAAGGAGAGGAAAAGCUUCAAGUCAAAAUCCAGGCUUUUGAAGAGAAAAUAAAUGCUGACAACAGCACUCCUGGCUCAGUGAGGAGAUACAGCCUGGGCCAGGUUUCCAAAGAGGAAAGGAAGGAUAUGAGAUUUAACAGGUCCAAGAGCCUCGCCCUGCACGCCGUGCGCGCCAAGGGGGCGAGCUCGGAGGGGGGGCAGGACGAGGAGAGCGGGGAGGUCCCUGCUGGGAUCUCCUUCCCCGAGAUCUACAUCAGCCAGGACGAUGAGAAACCGCCCUUGGGAGCGGAUCCCGCGGCGAUGCCGCUGGGAGAUUCCUUGGUUUCGCACCGGAGCGUCGAUGACCCCGAAUCGGCAGAUUGGGCACAAUCCGCGCCGGGGGAGGCCUUGGAAGGAAGUGCAGAGGCAGCACCUGUGGAAUACCAGGACAAGCUCUACCUGCACCUGAAGGAAAACCUGGGUAAAGUGAAGGAAUAUGUGGCGGAGAUGGGGAGGAAAAUUCCCAUCCCUGAGCAGUGUGUGAUCGAAGACACCGUCAGGAGCUGUGUAGCAAAGCUGUUCUUCAGCUGUGCCCUGAAGGGCCACUACUGCUUGUACAGCAAAUCCAGCUUCACCCUGGUGAGCCAUCAGCCUCCACUGUGGAUCCACAUCAUGUUCCUCUUCCAGCAGAGCUUGUUUGCAGAACCCCUGUCCAUCCAGAGCAGUUCUGUGCAGGUCCUUAAGGCCCUGUGGGAGAAGACGCAGCUCAAGGGCACGCACAGUUUCGAAACUGCCAUGAUCCAGUCAACGUUCCCCCACCAAAAGGACCUGGACCACGUGCAGAUGCACCUGGAAGAAGUGAGGUUCUUUGACUUGUUUGGCUACAGCGAGGAGGCAGGAGCCUGGCAGUGCUUCAUGUGCAACAACCCCGAGAAGGCAACAGUGGUGAACCAGGAUGGCCAACCCCUGAUCGAAGGGAAGCUGAAGGAGAAGCAGGUCCGGUGGAAGUUCAUCAAGAGGUGGAAAACUCGCUACUUCACCCUGGCUGGCAACAAGCUGCUGUUCCGGAAGGGAAAGUCCAAGGACGACCCCGACGAGAGCCCCAUCGAGCUGAGCAAGGUGCAGAGCGUCAGGGUGGUGGCGAGGAAGCGGCGGGACCGCAGCCUGCCCCGGGCCUUCGAGAUCUUCACGGCGGGCAGGACGUACGUGCUGAAGGCGCAGGACGAGCGCAAGGCCGAGCAGUGGCUGCAGUGCCUCAGCGUGGCCGUGGCCCGGGCGCGCCAGGGAGACAGCCACGAGGCCACCACCUACCUGUAG